AUGUACAACAGCUGGGUACAUCUUGGCCUGGAAAUCUUUUCCGUCAUCAUAUGGCUGGUUUGUCUCGCUCUUUUCGCCAGCCACGCAGACAAUCUCGCCUCCAUCGACGCAUUCGCCUCAGCUUUCGGCACCCAAUACAAGGCGUUGUUCAACCUUGAUAUCAAGCAAUACUCCCAAACCUUUAUUACUGCAACGAUCGCAGCAACAGCUGUUACGGCCGUCAUAUUCGCCGCGAGCUGUAUCGCCAUCGGCGAGGAAAAGUCAGAGGAACGGACGAAGCCAUUGGACCGGAAUCUGCGGACCGUCGGAAAUCAUCGAAUCCAAGCGCUCCUGACGAUGGCGAACUGGGACAUCGCCAGCAGGCCCCAGAGCUACAGGCGUGCGAAGUUUUAG